AUGGAAGCUAUGACCUCAACAUUGACGCGUCCCCAUGUAGUUUUGAGGUCUGCAGAGGUAGGCAUUAGAGUGAGGAGAGGACCUGAUUGGAAGUGGCAUGACCAGGAUGGAGGAGGUCCAGGCACCACGGUGCCAGGUGCUGAUGAAGAUGGCUGGGUUCGUGUAAGGUGGGACCAUGCCAGCAGGGCAAGCAACUACAGGGUCGGUGCACAAGGAUGUCAUGACUUGGUGAUGAUUGAUCUCUCUCCAACACCUUCAGUGCAGCCUGGAGAAGUUUUGAGGUCCUGCAUUGCGGGCGUCAGAGUGAGGAGAGGACCCGAUUGGAGCUGGGGCGACCAGGAUGGAGGAGGUCCAGGCACCACGGUGCCAGGUGCUGACGAAGAUGGCUGGGUCAGUGUGAGGUGGGAUGCCGGCAGCGAAUUCAAGUAUCGAGUUGGUGCGGGCGGGAACUAUGACCUCAUCAUUGAUGGAGCCUCCUCUCCAGCAUCACCGGCUGCAGCUCGAAUCUUGAGGUGUGCGGAGGCAGAUGUUCGAGUGAGGAGAGGAAGGGAUUGGAAGUGGGGUGACCAGGAUGCGGGAGGGCUUGGCGUGACCCUGGGCAUGGAUGGCGUCGGGCCUGGUUGGGUUACAGUGAGGUGGGAUCAAAGCGGUGCCAGAGGAGCGUAUCGUGUGGGGGCCUUUGGCAAGUUCGAUCUCUUCGUCGUUGAAGCCGAUGGAGCUGCUGCCCAACAGGAGGUUCAAGGCGCCGGCGGAGUAUCACCACAAGUAAGCUCUGACGCUGACCAGGAGUUGAUGAUUGAAAUCUCAGCCGCCACUGCCGCAGCCUACUCCCGUGCGAGCAGCGCGGCGGUGUCGGCGGCCAGUUCACACAUGUCGGCGCCGUCCGAGCCUCUUCAGCCAGUUCCACAUCCAGAUGGUGGGCACGAUGAGCAGUGGUUGGACGUGGCGGAAGCCAACAGCAUGCAGUGCCCCAUUUGUAUGUGUGUCGCGCGGGAUGCUUUAGCACACGACUGUGGAAACCUCUUCUGCGAUCUAUGCUGGACUCGAUGGAUUGCCGAGAACCCCAGUUGCCCCGUAUGCCGCGAGGAUGGGCAAGGCAUUGUGAGGGCGCCCCGUGAUCAACGCAAGAUCCUGAAUCUUAUGAUCAGGUGCCCGCUGGGCUGCGAUGAGACCUUUCGCCUGGGCGACAAGGAGACGCAUGUGGCUCGCUGCCCCAAGCGCCCGGUGCGAUGCAGCCAGUGUGGCGGGGAGUUCCUGGCAGAGAUCAUCGCCGUUCACCAGCAGGACGAGUGCCCAGCACGCUUGGUGCCUUGUGACCUGUGCGGGGAGCAGGUUCCGCUGGACCAGCUGGAAGCUCACCUGCUCUCCAACCUGGGGUCGCACAUGUUGGCCCUACUGAACGAGAGCCAAGCCCUGAAGAAGGAGAACCAAAGCUUGAAGAAGGAGAACCAAAGUCUUCACCAGAAGAGCCAAGCCUUGGAGUUUCGAGUCGAUGAGCUUCAGAAGCAAGUGAAGCAGGUGGCUGAAAUCCAGGCAGUCCCAGACUCUGAAAGCUUGAGCCAAAUUCAUUGUGAGAACUGCUAG